UUGAUUGACCGAAGAAAAUUUCAAUCAUUAUUCCUUGAAGUUACAGAACUCUUGAAGUUACAGAACUCUUCUGUGGAAGGCGUCAAAUAUUGGUAUCAGGUCAAAGAAAGUAAAAAGCUGGUAAAAUGUUUCCUUAAUUAUUUGAAGCAUGACAAAUCUGAAGUCAGUGUGCUGUUUGACAUGAUAUCAAUCUUCCUAGUGCACACUCGUAUUGACUACACAUUCUUGAAGGAGUUCUAUGUCAUUGAGGUCGCUGAAGGUUAUCCUGCUCAAAUGAAGAAAACGCUUCUUUCACAUUUCUUGCAUUUAUUUCAAGCAAAGGAGCUAGGGCAUGAUCACCUGGUUGUUUCUAUGCAAAUGUUGAUUCUUCCCAUGCUGGCUCAUGCAUUUCAGAAUGGCCAGAGUUGGGACGUCAUUGACCAAACUAUCAUAAAGACAAUUGUGGAAAAGCUUUUAGAUCCCCCAGAAGAGAUAAGUGCCGAAUACGAUGAGCCCCUAAGGAUUGAACUUUUGCAGCUUGCUACGUUGCUUUUAAAAUAUAUACAGAAUGAUCUUGUUCAUCACCGAAAAGAGCUCAUUAAAUUUGGGUGGAAUCAUCUGAAACGUGAAGAUAGUGCCAGUAAACAGUGGGCUUUCGUCAAUGUUUGCCACUUCUUGGAUGCUUAUCAGGCCCCAGAGAAAAUUAUUCUCCAGGUAGAAAUUAUUCUCCAG